GAUGGAGAUUCGAAUUCUGAUUACCGAGACCAUAUAUGUCAUGAAAUUGAUAAUGAAUUCGAUCCUAUGUUAUCCGAUAUACGUACUUCUUACAUGUCAUGAGAAAAAGCCAUCUUAUUGGGAUAAGGUGUCUUAUUAUUUUAGGAUCAGAGAACCUGUUCAAGUUUGUCCUGGUAUUAAAAGCAUUCCCAUGAUGGUUUUAGUGUUACUUUUGAUGGAGAUACUGUGGAUGGGGAUUUUAUUGUUUGCAUCAAGAGAUGAACCAAGGAGCAAGAAACUGGAUAAUGUUGCAACCCAGUGCGAACUUCCUGAAACAAAGAAACCACUAUCAUUAGAAGUUACCCAAUCCGGUAGCUUCUUUGAAGAAAAUGAAUUUGUUGGAAUAACUGAUUGGUCAUCCGAAACUGUGUCCCUGAAGAAGCUGAUGAACCCAGUAAUGAGUGGACGGGGCAAGAGAGGAAAUUCCUCAACUGAAACAAUGUGUCAAGUGGAGUAAAAAGAAAAAAAAACUAGGAUUUUGAUGAUGAAGAUAAAUUUUAACCUGAACAAAAUAUUGUGUGUG